AUGGCGCGCGCGGACGCGCGGCGGCGCGAGGACGGGGAUAAGGGGAGAAUCGCGGUGCGCACGAAGUUUUUCGACGAUUUCGUGACGGCGGCGGCGGGGAAGAUGGCGAGCGCGCGGGGGGAGACGACGCAGGUGGUGCUUCUGGGCGCGGGGUACGACACGCGGAGCUGGCGAUUGCGCGCGGCGAGCGAAGAGGCGCGAGAACGAACGAGCGUGUACGAGGUCGACGUCGAGGAGGUGUUGGCGCGAAAGCGCGAAGUCGUGAGCGACGCGCCGUUGACGCUCGGCGCGGAGCGACGCGAGGUGGCGAGCGAUAUCGCCAAAGACGAUUGGGUCGCCGCGCUCAAAGCCGCGGGAAUGUCCACGGAGUUGCCCACGGUGUGGGUUCUCGAAGGGUUGCUCUAUUACCUGUCGCCGCGAUGCGCCAAAAAGACGCUCGCGCUGUGUCAUCGGUCGUGCGGGCCCGGGAGCGUCGUCGCCGUCUCCGUCGUCAACGCGCCGUCGCUCCGACGCGCGCGUCGCGAGCCGUUCAAGAGCAAGUUUCUUCGCGUUUUCGGUCGCGCCGCACCGAAGACCGCGCGUCAGUGCUGGAAAUCGUCCUGCGACGUGCCGCCCGAGGCGUACUUUGCGCCGUGGCGUCUCGACGCGUGCGCCCAACUCGGCGACGGCGCGCUCCAUUACGGACGUUGGACCGGCGCGCCGCCGACGCCUUUCGCCACCGACAGAAAAUCCUAUCGUCGCGAUCCCACUCCUAGGACGUUUUACGUCGCCGCGUCGAAAUAG